AUGGAAACUGAUGAUGCAUUUAGAAUAAGCAGUGCAAGGCUGAGCAGUGCACGUUUGAGCAGCUCGGACAUAUGGAGGAAUAGUGGGAAGGAGAUCUUCUCAAGGUCUAGCAGGAAUGAGGAUGAUGAGGAGGCUCUGAAAUGGGCUGCAAUUGAAAAGCUUCCAACUUACUUGCGCGUUCGGCGCAGCAUUUUUGCCGACAAAGAAGGCAAGAUAAGAGAAGUCGAUGUCGAGAAUCUUGAUUUGAUGGAGAGGAGGAACUUGUUGGAGAGGUUGCUGAAGACAGCUGAGGAAGACAAUGAGAAGUUCUUGUUAAAGCUGAAGCAGAGAAUUGAGAGAGUUGGACUGGAUUUUCCUACGAUUGAAGUCCGAUUCGAGCAUCUAAAUGUCGAGGCUGAAGCUUAUGUUGGAAGCCGAGCUCUACCCACAAUCUUUAAUUUCUCUAUCAACAUGCUUGAGGGGUUUCUCAACUAUUUUCACAUCCUUCCUAGUAGAAAGAAGCCAUUACCAAUCCUCAAUGAUGUCAGCGGAAUCAUUAAGCCUCGCAGAAUGACAUUACUUCUGGGGCCUCCAGGCUCUGGAAAGACCACGUUGCUUCUAGCAUUAGCAGGGAAGCUUGGCAGAGAUUUGACUCUUUCAGGAAGAGUCACGUACAAUGGACAAGGGAUGGAAGAAUUUGUACCGCAGAGGACAUCAGCUUAUAUAAGUCAAUAUGAUCUCCAUAUAGCAGAAAUGACUGUUAGGGAAACUUUGGCUUUCUCAGCCAGGUGUCAAGGUGUCGGACCCCAUUAUGAUAUGCUAGCAGAGUUAUUAAGGAGAGAGAAGGAGGCAAACAUCACACCUGAUCCUGAUAUAGAUAUCUUUAUGAAGGCAGCAGCACUGGAAGGACAGGAGACUAAUGUUGUCGUCGAUUAUAUAAUCAAGAUACUAGGACUUGAAAUCUGUGCCGACACAAUAGUGGGAGAUGAAAUGAUACGAGGCAUCUCUGGGGGACAAAAGAAACGAGUCACAACAGGGGAGAUGCUAGUCGGACCAGCCAAAGCACUCUUUAUGGAUGAAAUAUCAACUGGUUUGGAUUGUUCGACAACAUUCCAAAUAGUGAAAUCACUCAGACAGUCCAUACACAUCCUCAAUGGGACUGCUCUAAUAUCCCUCCUCCAGCCUGCGCCGGAAACUUAUGACCUGUUUGACGAUAUCAUCCUUGUCUCGGAGGGGCAAAUUGUUUACCAAGGUCCCCGAGAAAACGUGCUCGAGUUUUUCAGACACAUGGGUUUUAAAUGUCCUGAAAGGAAAGGAGUAGCUGAUUUCUUGCAAGAACUGACUUCAAGGAAAGAUCAAGAGCAGUAUUGGGCGAAUAAGGACACACCUUAUAGGUUUGUAACAGUCAAGGAAUUUUCCGAAGCAUUUCAGUCGUUCCCCAUUGGUCAGAAACUAGGUGAUCAGCUUGUGAUCCCAUUCGACAAGUCAAAAGGCCUUCCAGCUGCUUUAACAACUAAGAAGUAUGGGGUGAGCCAGAAAGAACUGUUGAGAGCUUGCAUUUCAAGGGAAAUUUUGCUAAUGAAGAGAAAUUCAUUUGUCUAUUUUUUCAAAAUGUUCCAGCUUACCCUUAUGGCUUUCAUAACAAUGACGGUGUUCCUACGGACUGAGAUGCACCGAGAUACCGUGAUAGAUGGUGGGAUUUAUUUUGGCGCUCUCUUCUUCACUGUGAUCAUUAUAAUGCUUAAUGGAUUCUCAGAGCUUGCCAUGACCAUCAUGAAGCUCCCAGUCUUCUACAAGCAGAGAGACCUCCUCUUCUUUCCUGUGUGGGCAUAUUCGCUGCCCACAUGGAUCCUGAAGAUUCCAGUCACCAUAGUAGAAGUUGCUAUUUGGGUGAUCAUGACUUACUAUGUCAUAGGCUACUAUGACCCUUACGCUGGAAGGUUCUUCAAACAGUAUUUUCUGCUACUAUGUCUACAUCAGAUGGCAUCUGGAUUAUUUCGACUCAUUGCGGCAUUGGGAAGGAAUGUGAUAGUGGCAAAUACUUUUGGAUCAUUUGGAUUACUUGCUUUUAUGGUCUUGGGCGGAUUCAUCAUAUCAAGAGAUGAUGUUAAGCCGUGGUGGAUAUGGGGUUAUUGGAUCUCCCCAAUGAUGUAUGGACAGAACGCAAUGUCUGUAAACGAAUUUCUCGGAAAGCAGUGGAGACAUAUUCCUCCUAACUCCACAGAACCUUUAGGAGUUUUGGUCCUGAAAUCCCGCGGAAUUUUUCCUGAAGCACGUUGGUAUUGGAUAGGAGUAGGAGCAUCGAUUGGAUACAUUUUUCUGUUCAAUUUCUUGUUCACUGUGGCCUUGAAAUAUCUUGACCGUAAGUCUCUCACAAGGCAUUUACUUUUGGCAGCAAUUGGGAAGCCCCAAGCUGUACUAUCCAAAGAGACUCUGGCAGAGAAAAUCGCAAGCAAGAAUGGUGAGGUUAUUGAGCUAUCGUCAAGGAGCCAGAGGAGUUCAUCUGGUGAUGGGGCCCAAAGAAGCGUCACACAUAGAAAAUUGUCUACGAGAGUUGAAGGAAUAAAGGAUUCGGACCUGAAUAGGAAACGGGGAAUGGUUCUUCCUUUUGAGCCACUUUCUAUUGCUUUUGAUGAUAUCAGAUACGCCAUAGACAUGCCCCGGGAAAUGAAAGCUCAAGGUAUUCCUGAAGAUCGGCUGGAACUUCUAAAAGGUGUAAGUGGUGCUUUCAGGACAGGAGUAUUGACAGCUUUAAUGGGUGUCAGUGGUGCUGGAAAGACCACUCUAAUGGACGUGUUGGCUGGAAGGAAAACAGGUGGAUACAUCAACGGGACAAUCACGAUAUCUGGGUACCCAAAGAAGCAAGAAACAUUUGCUCGCAUAUCAGGAUACUGUGAACAAACCGAUAUCCACUCUCCUCACGUCACAGUUUACGAGUCAUUGGUGUAUUCUGCAUGGCUUCGGUUACCUCCUGAAGUGGACUCUAAGACUAGGAAGAUGUUCAUUGAAGACGUCAUGGAGCUCAUAGAGCUUACCCCGUUACGAGAAGCGCUAGUUGGGUUGACUGGUGUGAAUGGCCUCUCCACCGAGCAAAGGAAAAGGCUGACAAUUGCAGUGGAGCUUGUAGCCAACCCGUCAAUCAUAUUCAUGGAUGAGCCUACCUCUGGCCUUGAUGCCAGGGCAGCUGCUAUAGUAAUGAGAACAGUUAGAAACACAGUUGACACAGGGCGAACUGUUGUUUGCACCAUCCACCAGCCGAGCAUUGACAUAUUUGAUGCUUUUGAUGAGCUGUUUCUUCUGAAAAAAGGGGGAGAGGAGAUCUAUGUCGGUCCAACAGGCCAGCAUUCCUUGCAUCUGAUCAACUACUUUGAGGGCAUCAAUGGAGUUCCGAAAAUUAAAGACGGAUACAAUCCAGCAACUUGGAUGUUGGAGGUGACAACAGCUGCUCAAGAAGAAAUCCUUGGGGUUAACUUCACCGAAGUGUACAGGAGUUCAGAUCUGUUUAGGAGAAACAAAGCUCUGAUCAACGAACUGAGUACGCCUCCACCGGGGUCAAAAGAUCUCCAUUUCCCAACGCAAUAUUCACAAUCAUUCUUCACCCAGUGUAUGGCUUGCCUGUGGAAACAACACUGGUCGUAUGAGCGCAACCAGGCAUACACAGCAGUGAGACUUCUAUUCACAACUUUCAUAGCCCUGAUGUUCGGCACGAUAUUUUGGAACCUCGGCUCUAAAAGGAGAAACCAGCAAGAUCUCUUCAAUGCCAUGGGCUCAAUGUACUCGGCUGUCAUUUUCAUUGGAUUUCAAAAUACAAAGUCAGUUCAACCCGUUGUGGCUAUUGAGAGGACCGUCUUCUAUAGAGAGAGAGCGGCUGGAAUGUAUUCCGCUCUGCCCUAUGCCUUCGCACAUGUUAUCAUCGAGAUUCCCUACAUCUUCAUCCAAACUGUCAUCUAUGGAGUGAUCGUCUAUGCAAUGAUUGGGUUCGAAUGGACAGCCAGCAAGUUCUUUUGGUACAUCUUCUGUAUGUUCUUCACCUUGUUAUUCUUCACUCUCUAUGGAAUGAUGAGCGUGGCAGUGACGCCCAACCACAACAUAGCCACCAUAAUCGCUUCGGCAUUCUUUGCAAUUUGGAACCUUUUCUCGGGAUUCAUCGUGCCGCACACAAGAAUACCUGUCUGGUGGAGGUGGUACUCCUGGACAUGUCCAAUUUUUUGGACAUUGUACGGACUGGUGGCCUCGCAGUUUGGAGAUGUUAAGGACGUGCUUGACAGUGGCGAGACAGUCGAAGAGUUUGUGAGGAGUUAUUUUGGGUUCAGGCAUGACUUCUUGGGAGUGGUCGCGAUCGUGCUGGUCGGAUUGUCUCUCCUCUCUGGAUUCAUCUUCGCCUUCUCAACCAAAGCAUUCAACUUCCAAAAGAGAUGAUGCCGGUGCAACUGGAGAUCGGAUAGAACUUGAAUAUAAGUUCACUAGUUACACGACACAUAUGAGGAUCAAAAGUUAUUCUGAUGAAAAUGGGAUAUAGUUUUGUAGAUCACAACGACUGC